AUGUCUGCAGAUCGUCGUCAUCCAGCCUCUCUUGUCCCCCGUUCUCAGCACGACCCAGCCCUCGUCGAGCUAAUGCGAUCCCAUGUGACAGGAGAGAUGGUAUCCUACAUCGCACUUCAGGCGACGCGGGUCAUCAGCCUUGCGGACGAAGCCCCUCCUGCCAACCUUCCGACGCCGCCUCAUACCCCUCACCGAGCGUCGUUCACCGAGCAAGAGAAGGCUCAGCUCCAGGCGAGACCGCCAUGGCUUCCGUCGCUCCGGGACUUCAUCAUCAUCAUCGUCUCUGAAUCGAAUGUCCAGGUCCCGACGCUGUUGACGACUUUGAUAUACCUUGAGCGCCUGAGAAACAAGCUGCCCAAGAUGGCGAAAGGUAUGCCGUGCACAAGGCAUCGUGUGUUCCUCGCGACCCUCAUCGUUGCGGCCAAGUACCUCAACGACUCGUCGCCGAAGAAUAAACACUGGGCUGGCUUCGCGAAGCUUUUCGACCCCGCUGAGAUCAAUCUCAUGGAGAAGCAGCUCUUGUUCCUCUUGGACUACGACCUCCGCUUCGACGAGACCGAGGCAACCAACCAUUUUGCGCCGUUCAUG